AUGUCGCCUCUGUCGCAGCCUACAGUAAGGAGACCCCGCACCGAUGCAGUCAACCUCACCGCCAACUCCCCCGCACAGGUCGAACAAACCCAGGUGGUCAUUGAACCAGCGCUGCGCGAAUACCUCGCGUCUGAACGCGAAGCAGCGCUGGCCAAUGGGAACGGCCCAUCUGGCGGACCUGUGCCAGGCAGGAUCAUCGCUUGCGGUUAA